CUGGCCAAUCAAUCUGUGUUUUUUACAACCUAUUCAUCACGUUGGCUCACGUCUCAAGCCUGGACAAAUCUCGUGGACCAACAACCUAGCUUGGAAUCACGACAUUAGAGCGAAGCCGAAUUGGUCUACGGCAGUGCUAACCUUAGGUUGCAGGCCCGACUUUAUGCAGAAAUAUACCUUACGGCCCACGGUGCACUCCGGUACCAUAUCCGUACGUACAGAGAGAGUCACAUGCCGGAGCGGAACGCUUGGACAAAAGAAAUCAAUCUGUACAAGUGCACAUCGUCGCAUGGACUUAAUAGACGACUGGCCGAUAAUUGGCCAUCAGCAGGUUUUGGUCAAGACACGGGUACGGAUACCUUCCGCAUUGAACGCCAGGAGGCACACGGCGGUGUUCAAAGGCUUUGGCCCUCGCCCGCCCAUUAGCGUUAGUGCUAAAACGGGAAUCGAUCCAGAUCGUUGGGAUCCAACUCAGCAAACUUGAAGACUCCGGAUCCCUAACGAAGGCCAGCUUGCACCGUUACCUACCGCCUCUUCAAGGACAUCCCGCAGGAUCACAUUGCCGGCUUCA